AUGCUUCGAGUUAUUCUCUCACAGUUUGUCCAUCUCAAAAGUGCCGAAAUUUCACUCGAAGAUCCCAUGAAUCUCUCUGAAAUUGGAUCAGCUCUUGGAAUCGACUGGGACAACUCCGCACUAAUCACUUAUCGUUAUUCGUUUUCGAUUUCUGAUCAUCGAAAUUUACAAUAUUUCAGUGCCUGUCAAGUGAUUUGUAGAAAUUGGACUGCCAGUUGGUGCUGGAAAAGACUUAAAACGAAUGUCACAACGACAACGAGAAGGGAUGCGGCAGCGAAGACGACGACUAGAGCAACGAAACGGAAGCAAAACAAGGUAAGCGAAGUAAGAAAAGUAUCUGAUACGAGAGACGACGAGGGAGGACGGUUCAGAGACGAAGAUGAGGAAAGACGGCAAGAAAAAGAAGGAAGAGGAUCAACGAUGAGGAAAUCUAAUUGA